AUGACAAGCAAAGAGGAGGGGGUGUUAAAGGUUCCUGAGGAGAUGUUCAAAGAUGCCAAGUUCUGUGCAGUAAGAGACAAAGACUCCCAGAGCUGUAAAGGCGAGGAGUCAAGACGAAAAUCCCGAAAACGGAAACUGAGCAUCAUAACGGAUAUUGGCCUGACGAUCCUUUCCAUUAUGGAUACUGCCCUGGAAUAUAAUAACUACCUUGAUAACACUUCUUUCCCAAAUGACAGCACUGAAUAUAAUAAUAUCUUUGAUGAUGAAAGCGCGAAUAAUAUAGAAGUUUUUAGUAUCUUGCUGUUGGUCAUCUGCUUUUUGGGAGCCAUGGGGAAUGGAACUGUCAUCUGGCUUCUUGGCUUCUGCAUUAAGAGGAAUCCUUUUAUCAUCUACAUCUUGAACUUGGCUGUUGCUGAUCUUGGGUUCCUUUUAUCAACGACAUUUCGCAUUGUUACUUUCCAGUUUCAUGAUGGUUUUUACUUUACUUACGAGUUCCUGUUCACAUCAAUGUACAGUGCGAGUCAAUUUCUACUCACUGCAAUCAGCAUUGACAGGUGUGUGGCCGUCUUCUUCCCACUUUGGUAUAAAGGCCACCAGCCAAAAUGGUUGUCCCGUUUUGUUUGUGCACUCCUAUGGGUCCUCUCCUUCCUGCUAACUGCAGUUACCUGCACUCUCUUAAUAGCUGGAUAUUUCGGGAUUGAACUAUAUUUCCAAUGUAUUGUGAACGGGCUGCUUUGCCUUCCAAUCAUGACUGUUACCUCUGUGGCCCUGUUCAUUAAACUCCGUUUUAAAGCACGGCAGCAUCAGAGGAGGAAGCUUUUGACCGUGGUCUUGCUCACCCUGGUCUUCUUCCUUCUCUUUGCUUUUCCAUUAAAUACCAUUUUCAUCCUCAGCCAUUUCAUUUUCCAUGAAGACAACUUGUUAAACAGUGCCGUGGUAUUAGCCUGUCUAAAUAGCAGUGUAAACCCAGCUAUUUAUACCCUGGUUGGGAGACAAAGGAAGUCUAGACAUAAGGAGAGCAUGAAGAUGAUCCUCCAGAAAGUUUUCAAGGAAGAAGAAGGCUGUACUGAAAGGAACCCCAGUUGA